CCAAGCACCAGGAAAAUGGCAGAAGGAAAGAGCACCCAGCUCAACCCCCUCGAGGCACUGACAAAGGCUUUCAAGCAGACGACCGAAGAAGGCAAGAUGAGCGGCCGCGCCAUGAAGUACCCGUACACCCUCUCCGCCAAGAUCGCGCAGUUCCCCUUCUCGUACUACGUGAAGAACCAGUGGGUUUUCAAGUACUACCUUCUCGGGGUCGCCGUCUCCAUCCCCGUCUUCAGCUGGUUCCAGAAGCAAGCGUGUUCCCCGGCCAACAAGGCGAAGUGGGAAGCGAAGGCCCAGGAGGGACACUAAACGGGAGACGAAGGGAAGGAAUGAUAAACACCGAGAGACAGAAGAGAAGAGGAGAAAUGAGGGGGUGACGAUUAAAAGGAAAAGGGAAUGUAUGAUUUUUCUGUAGAUAUUUUUUUUUUUUCCCCGAAGUAAACAUCAGAUUUUUUAUAUAAUUUUUUUUUCUUCUGUAAUAUUUUAAUGUUUUGCUGUAUAAAGUUUGGAAAUAAAAAUAUGUAAUAGAA